AUGCAGGUGUCUCUCGCGCUCCUCGUCUCCAGUACGGUGCUGCUGCUGCUACAGGGAUGUUGCACCGUCGUGCAAGGAUGGAGGGUACUAAAAAACGAUGCUACAGAAAUCAUACCAGAAUAUACUGAAAACGCACAGCCUCCCGAGGAACCAAUACUACAGGCUUCUAAUAACAACAGUAAUACAAUGAAUCGACCAAAACACGGGGGAAGGAGAUCAUCAGCAAACACAGCCUCCUAUAGUGAGUAUUUAUUUUUAAACGUUAUCUGAUAGCCUAGAGAGCUAUUAGGACUACAGGUUUACAUGUCCAUAUUCUGGGCGCAUUAUGAUUAGGCCUACUAACUCUCAUUACUUGUAAAACAUGUAAACCACCCGUACAAUGUGAGAUUGGAAGAUAAAUUAUUAAACUGUAUGGAUAAUCUUUAAUCAAUUUCGUUCAAUAAUUUGAUAUUGUUUAAUCAAUCUAAUAAUAUUUCCUUUGAAUUUUACUGUAACACUGUUUGAAUAAUUGGUACUUAUAUCAAAUUGAAAAGUUUAAAAUAAACUGCUUGGGAUGGUGCUAAUAUCUCAUGGAGAUCUAUGAACAGCUGUACUGUACUCGUGCGUAAUAUGAGCAAUCACUUGGUGAAAAAAUAGCGCUUUCAAUUUAUGGUAAACCGGGGCGUUUUUACAGUAUCUAAUAAUGUAUCAUGUUAGGUAUGUUAGAUUGACAUUAUGUUCUCAAACAGAUAGCUUUUUGACCGUCUGCACUGUUCAAAGAACGCGCACUCUCCACGCAUUUAAUUUCCCAGCAUAGCCUGUUGUCCUUUACGCAGGGGUUAAUUAUUUUCCGUCAAUGUGUAAGACCACACACGUCCUUUUAAUCUUAAAACAUGCGCUUUGACAUCGAUUAAAUUAUCAAUGUAUAGUCACUCUAUCACCUGGGGAAUGGUUCCUCACCUGUGUGGUUUAUGUGGAUCAUUAUGCCAAAUAAACCCUCCAAAGACCACCCAGAACAUCCAAUAAUUUUUCAUUUAAUUUCUGAAAGUGCCGAAAAGUGCUACUUUUCUAUAUAGAAUAGUCAAUAUCAAAUCAUGGGUAAAGCCUAAGAAACGCCAGUGGCCAUUUUUAAUUGCAGCUUUCCCUGUUGAUGCUUGACAAUGGUGUUUAGACUGGAACAGCUGUACUGUUGAAUGGAGGAAGCAGGAUUGCGGUUAGAUGAAUGCUAUGCAAAGGCUGAGAGAGCAACAUGUUAUAUGCCUGUGGUUUUCUCCUCACACAAUCUGAAGAGGUUAAAUUACAAGAGAUCAGGGUUUUCACUCUAUACUCCAUGCUACUUCCCUCUCUUGUAUACAAUUAGUCAAGGUCUGCCAAUGCCAUAACUAUUUAAUCGCAACAACAUGUGUCCAAAUAGAACAUGCCAGGAUUUCUGUUCUUAGGGGAUUUCUUCUGGGUAUUUGGAAAUUGCUGGUUAAAUGCAACACAGUGCUGGAGAAUGACUCCCACCUGUCGCCAGUAAAGGUUACGCUGUAGUCAUGCUGAUUUGUACAGAGGAAAUAUCUCUGAGUAGUCUCUCAUGGAUUCAAGAUGCACAAUGUCAUUCUUGCCCAGUUUCCCCCAAUCUCAUAAUUUCAAAUCUAAUAGAGACUGUACAUAGAGUAAAAAUUACAAACGUUGUCCCAAGGAUCUAAAUUGCUGUAAUGAACUAUGAGAUACAUUUUACAUAAUACUUGAAAACCUCAUAAACAACAGACAGCUUCAUAGCGGGGUUGGAAGAAAAUGCAUAUUUCUAAAUCUUAUACUGAGCAAUAUCCAUCAACACACAGAGAGAGAAACAAUAAUCUAUUCAAUAGUCAUUUGAAACAUAUUCAAGUUAUUAUCCUUAUGAAGAUGGAAACUUGGUUGCAAUUUCUGUGCCACAAUGCUAAAAAACAACAACACAUAUUUAAUACUGGUUAUCAGAAUGUGUUGUUAGGUGUCAAGUAAUAUGGCUACAAUUUGAUUAAUGUUUGAUGUGUGAUUUUAUGAUUGCUUACUAAAAAGCUAUUGUUUAAAGACAAUAAAAAGCUGUUGUUUAAAGACCCUAAAAAUCUGUUGUUUAAAGACCCUAAAAAGCUAUUGUUUAUCUUUUGUAUUUCUAAAUAGAUCAUGUCUAUUUGUUCAGUCCGCGGCCCAAAACUCAGAUUAUAUUUUGGCCCACUAAGCCCAACAUUUUGAGCACCCCUGAUCUAAUGGGUCAUAUCAUACGAGAUAAGGGUCUUCCUCAUAGGCCUAUCUGCCUCCCUCUGGGAGGACCAUAUCUUCCCAUGAUUCCUUCUAUGGUCCCAGUGGGGUCAUGGAGGCAGAGUGGGUGACCUCUGUCUGUCUGGCUCUCCUCCCUCCCUGGUCCCUGGGCUCAGCAGUAGGCACACUGGGAGAGACCUGAGACCAGAGGAGAGCCCUUAUACUGUGGCCUCCCGAGCAGCCGAGCCACAAAAACCGGAUCAGGUUCUCUGAAGAAAAAAAGGAAGUUAACCUUCCAUAAAUCCUUUGUUUGCCUUUUCGCAAAAGAAAAGCUACAAAAGAAAAACAGAUCCCUCUCCGAGUGUAUAAUUUCUUAACCGACAUGUUCUCUGCUAUUCUGCACGCCAUUUGUAAAGAAAGAGAACAAUAACUAAUGCAUAGGGCUGUUGAGAAAAGGCAAUGGCCAAAAUAUUGAAUUACUAAUCAUGCACUGAAUAUGCUCUCUUCAUUUUGCUUGUUUCCAAUUGUCACAUCCUUUUACGGAGGGCCUGUAUUUGGUUCCGACUUAAAUCUCCAUUAUGUUUGAUUGAGCUGUUUAAUAGCAUUCUGUUCUGGAUUUGCUAUCAGCUGAUUGCUGCCAGCUGGAAUUCCACAUCCAACCUUAUUUUCAGGCAACAGUCAUCAUCAGAUCACGCAUCAACGUUAGUGUUGAGUUGAACUAAUUCCCCACCUUAUACUGAGCCCUUAACCAAACAAAUGUGACAAUAUUCAAUUGGAAUUGGAUUUGUACAUCAGCCCUGCAUUUAUUUCAUUACUGAAUGUCAAAUUCUAAAAAAGUGCACUCUGUUGAGAUGUAAAAUAAAAAAUUCUAUGUCUUGCUGAAUGGUGAAACAGAAGGAAGAGUUUAUGAACAUUUUAGAUUAUUUAAAUUCGGACUCAUAUUCAAUUUCCCAGCCCAGCUCCACACUUGCAAACUAACUACAUUCUUAGAAUAAACUAAUAACAGUAUAUGAACAAUGGGACCCAUAUGUUUUUGACACAGGCACAUUUUUGACAUAUUCAGCACAUAUCUCACAGAGACACAACUGUAUAGCUCUCUGCUCUUGAAUAGUUAAAUGGAAGGUUGUCGCUCGAGUCGUUUCGACUUCAAAGUGUUUGAUUUGGAGCGAUGCCACAGAGUGUGUAACCCGGAUUUCCUCCUCUUCACCCCAGGUGCCUCGGAGCUGAGCUGCAGGGAGCUGCGCUCCACCCGUUACAUCACUGACGGCUCCUGCCGCAGUGCCAAGCCCGUCAAGGAGCUGGUGUGCUCGGGCCAGUGCAUGCCCACCCACCUCCUACCCAACUCCAUCGUGCGCGGCAAAUGGUGGCGGAGUAGCGCCUCUGAUUACCGCUGCGUCCCGGCCCACUCUCGAACCCAGCGGGUGCAGCUGCAGUGCCCCAACGGCAACAGCCGGACUUACAAAAUCCGCGUGGUCACCUCCUGCAAGUGCAAGCGCUACAGCCGCCACCACAACCAGUCAGAGGCCAAGGAGAGCUCCUCGGAGGCCAAGCCCAGACGCAACAAGAAGCGCACCUGGCUGCCCGGGAGUCGGAACAAUAGCAACACACCAACGCUGGUCAGCAACUCAUACUGA